GUCUGGGUCCCAGCCCCAUAACCCGCCCCAUUGCAGGGCAGGGGGGGGGUCCCUUUCUAUAGGGCCGCCCUAUGGGGCAGUCUCCAGAUCCCAGCCCCAUAACCCACCCCAUUUCAGGCCAGGGGGGGUCCCUCUCUAUAGGGCCCCCCUAUGGGGCGCUCUAGGUCCCCUAUAGGGCCAUCUCUAGGUCUGAGCUCACCCCAUUUCAGACCAGGGGGGGGGUCCCUUUCUAUAGGCCCCCCCUAUGGGGCGAUCUAGGCCCCGCUAUGGGGCAGUGUCUAGGUCCCAGCCCCACAUCCCGCCCCACUGCAGGGCUGUACAUGGACCGGCGCUGCGUCUAUUACCGGAAGCCGCUGCUGGAGUCGGGGACGCUGGGCACCAAGGGCAACGUGCAGGUGGUGGUCCCCUUCCUCAGCGAGUCCUACAGCUCCAGCCAGGACCCCCCCGAGAAGGCCAUCCCCAUCUGCACCCUCAAGAACUUCCCCAACGCCAUCGAGCACACGCUGCAGGUGCGUCCGGGGAGGGGGUUG